AUGAAGAUGCAAUCCAUCCUUGUUCAGCUCUUCUUCUUUGCCUUUCUUCUCCGGUUACAGGCUAUCGCCCAGACCCACAAUCUAUGCGAAGUUGUGUUCGACACCGAUGGCAACGAGCUCCAACAGGGCACGCCAUACUACAUUGUCUCAGCCGUCCGCGGUGGCCAUGGCGGAGGUUUGACCGUCGGCACACGUGAGAGAUCCAGUUCUACCACUAACACCCCUACCGUAAAACAACACUCCUAUAACAUGAAUUUCGGGUCACCCGUUUUGUUCACUCCAGUGCCCCUUCCAUCAAGAGUUAAAUCUAUUGCGGAAACCCCAAGCACUCAAAUUAGAUCUGAAGAGAUCACUAUCCACGUGUCGACAGAUGUGAACAUCAGAUUCAUGGAAAUGCCAGGAGUAUGGCAGGUUGAUGCUGCAUCGGGUCGGGAGAGGUAUGUGACAUUGGAAGGUAAAUCGGGUCAUCCGGGUAAAUCGACAGUGAAGAACUGGUUUAAGAUUUUGCUGGUCAAUGCAUCGGAUCCAGCUUCAGCUUAUCGGAUCAGAUACUGCCCCGGUUUGUGCGAGUCGUGUCAUGUUACGUGUGGUGAUGUUGGAAUUAGAAAAGAAGAGGGGACAAGGUGGUUGUCAGUUUUGACACGUGGAGAGUUUCCAUUCGUGUUCGUGAAGGCAAGGAGUAAUAAUGAGGCUGACUAG